ACCUAUGUCCGAUCAGCUGAACCGCAGCUGAUCGUAUAAGGGAGAUAAUCAGUCAACUUCCGUAUACACGGACAUUGCGCGCCAAAACCGGUUCAAACUGCCUGAGAGACCUGAGCUAUCAUUCUUCAGUCGUCCUCUAAAAGCAAAGAUAACAAUGGCAGAAAUGCAGCAGUGCCAACUGACAGAUCUUGUCCAGUUUAAGCUUGUUUUGGUAGGCGAUGGUGGUGUAGGAAAACAACAUUCGCCGCAAGACAAGCAGAAUUUGAAAGAAAUACAUGACAGGAGAAUUUGAAAAGAAAUAUGUUGCAACACUUGGUGUAGAAGUGCAUCCACUUGUGUUCCACACAAACAGAGGGCCGAUCAAAUUCAAUGUAUGGGACACAGCAGGACAGGAGAAGUUCGGUGGUCUUAGAGAUGGCUAUUAUAUACAGGGACAGUGUGCCAUUAUCAUGUUUGAUGUAACGUCUCGUGUGACAUAUAAGAAUGUUCCUAACUGGCAUAGAGACUUAGUUCGUGUGUGUGAAAACGUGCCAAUUGUUCUGUGUGGCAACAAAGUGGAUAUCAAGGACAGGAAAGUGAAAGCCAAGACCAUCACCUUCCAUAGGAAGAAGAACUUGCAGUACUAUGAUGUCUCGGCUAAGAGUAACUACAACUUUGAGAAGCCAUUCCUGUGGUUGGCACGUAAGCUGGUGGGUGACCCCAACCUGGAGUUUGUUGCCAUGCCUGCUCUUCAGCCCCCAGAGGUUCAAAUGGAUGAGGAGCUUAAGGAGAAAUACGAGGAAGAGUUGAAGACAGCACAAGGGCUUGCUCUGCCAGAGGAUGAUGACGAUAUUUAGUGUGAUAAAGACUUCAUUGUGGACUAAAUUCAGUAACUAUAUGCGCAUGUUCAUCUCCGCAAUCAUCCUAUAAAUGCCUCUGUGCACUGAACUCCAGUGUACAGCUAAUUUGGAUCACUAUUUGAAGUUCCUACUGAUUCACUCUUUUGGUGCCUAUUCAUGUCCCAUGGAAGAAAACUGGGGCUAUCACACACAGCCAGUGGAUAUUGUCACACAAUUGGACGCUAAAAGGGAAGGACUGGUCAGAAAGAGGAUACCGGGUAUUCUGAUGGAGAUUAUCAUGCUCAAGUCCAGCAUCAGUACAAAUGAGAUCUGACAAUUCAAGUCCAGGCUUGUUCGCUCUUUCUAUUCACUGUGGUAAAAGUGGAUACAUUUAUUAAAUGUGCUAAGUAAAGCGAAGGCAUUUUGAUAGAUUCAUCAGAUACUAUAUGUACAUUUUUCCAAAGCACGUUAUCUGUACAAAAAUUACUAUUAUGUGACUGGUGCAUUGUAUUUAAAUGUUUAAGUGAAAUAAAUUUGAUGUAUAAUA